UUUCGCCAGAACAUGGAGAUCGACCAGUGUCUGCUGGAGUCUCUGCCCGUCGGCCAGCGCCAGCGACUGGUCAAAAGGAUGCGGUGCGACCAAAUAAAGGCGUACUACGAGCGGGAGAAGGGCGUCCAGCAGCGGCAGCAGGGCGGAGUCAAGGCGCGAGGGCUGCCGCCGAGCCAACGCAGGGCGCAGCAAGUCCGCUUCAGCCUGGCCGAGGUCCUGCAGGACGCCAUCUUCCGCCACGAUGACAAAGAAGUUCUGCGUCUGUUGAAGGAAGGAGCUGACCCCAACACCCCCAUUUCCUCUGGGGGGUCGUUGCUACACUUGUGCGCUCGCCACGACAACGUGCUGGCGGCGGAGUUGCUGAUGGAGCGAGGCCUGGACGCCGACCUGCAGGACGAAGACCUCUGGACGGCGCUGCAUGUAGCAUGCGCGUGUGACCACGCCGACGUGGUGCUGCUUUUGCUUCUGGCCGGGGUGAACGUUCUCCUGCAGGAUGUCGACGGAAAGCUUCCUCUGGACUACGCGUCCGAGGGAACGGAGAGCCGCUAUUUUCUGCAAAAACACCUGGAGGAACACGGCGUGGACGUGGCUUCGAUGCACACCGUGAGGACAAGGCCCAACACGAUGCUAUCUGACGUCGGGCAGCUGGUAGCUGCAGGGGCGGACCUCGAUCAGCCCAAUGACGACGGGGUCACCUUGCUUCACAUCGCGUGCGCCAGCGGCUAUCGGGACGUGGCGGCUGCGCUGUUAGACAACGGGGCCGAUCCUCAUCCCGUGGCCCACAACUUUUGGACGCCUCUCCACCUGGCUGCUAAAUAUGGACAGGCGAGCAUCGUUAGUCAACUCCUGAGGCGCGGCGCCAACCCCACGCUGCUGAACUGCAACCACGACAAGCCCUCAGACGUUGCAGCGUCUGAGCAGAUCGCGGACUUGCUCCUGAACGGAGAGGCAAGCUGGCAGCAGAGGCUGAAGGACACCUCGGCCCCUCCGCUCUCCCUGGACCACCGCUAUGACGCCGGCGCUCGUGACCUCAACACUCCCGUCAAGAAUCUGAAGCCUCUGGGCCUCCCCAUGGCUAAACGGGACAGCCUCCUCGAGAAGUGGGCCAUGUUCCGAGAGGGGGGCGGGGCGCCCUCCCGCCAACCUUCGCUGGAAAACAUCCUGGAUUCCCCUUUUAGCUCAGGAACAACCAAAUUGGAACAGGUGAAGCUGAUGCCUCCGGCGCCCAACGACGACCUGGCGUCUCUCAGCGAGCUGACCGACAGCAGUUUGCUCUACGAAAUGCAGAAGCGUUUCGGCAACAACCAAAUAUACACGUACAUCGGUCACAUUCUUUUGCUGGUCAACCCCAACAAAGCGCUGCCCAUCUACUCCACUUUGGUGAGCCAGUUGUACCUGAGCUCCACAGGCCGCCUGUGCUCCUCCCUCCCGCCUCACAUCUUCUCCUCGGCGGAGCGAGCCUACCACAUGAUGGUUCAGGAGAGAAGACCGCAAUGUUUCAUCCUGAGCGGCGAAAGCGGUUCAGGGAAAACGGAGGCCUGUAAGCACAUCGUACGACACCUGACCGCCAGAUCCGGCGCCAAAGGUUUCGCGCUGGAAUCCAGAAUGAACCACGUGAAUUGCGUCCUGGAGGCUUUCGGGCACGCGCGGACGGAGAAGAACAGCAACUCCAGCCGCUUCAUCAAGAUGUUGAGCGUCCAGUACUGCGACAAGAGGAAAACGCCGCUCAGAGCGCAUGUGUGCACAUACAUGCUGGAGAAGUCCCGCGUGGUCCAAUGUCCGCUUCAGCAACACGGCUUCCACAUCUUCUACCUGAUGGCUGAGGGUCUGUCGCCCGAGGAGAAGAAGACUCUUUACCUCGAUAACAUCUCGGCUCACAGGUAUCUUAAUGGAGGACUUCCGGGGUGCAAUCCUCUUGUUGAGAGCAGGGAGCGUCUCGCCGCCGUUAAGCAAGCUUUUCAAGCGAUGGGCUUCAGCAAGCAGGACACGGAUUCCGUCUUCGCGCUGCUCGCCGCCGCGCUCCACAUCGGGGAUCUGCGAUUCGCGGCGCCGACAGACGCCGACGGCGCCUUCGCUUCCGACCUGCGGCUCCUUGAGCGAGUGGCAGGAUUGCUGCAGGUGUGCACUAGCGACUUAAGCAGCGCCCUCACCUCAGAUAUUCAGUACUUCAAAGGCGACGCGAUCACUCGACGCCACACGGUGGAGAUGGCCCAGCAGCACAGGGACCAACUGGCCAAGGCGAUCUACGGGCGACUCUUUAGCCACCUGGUCAACCGCAUCAACGACUACCUGCAAGGACACGACCAAAGUGUUGGCGACCCUGCCUUUGAAAUCGCAAUUCUGGACAUUUUUGGUUUUGAAGAAUUUCAAAGGAACAGAUAUGAACAGCUGUGUGUCAACAUGACCAACGAGCGACUGCGGCGCUACGUCUCCGAGGUGCUAUUCCAGGCGGAGCAAGCCGAGUGUCUGCAGGAGGGCAUCGCCAUGGAGACCCCGCCAUCCCCCGGCAACCACCCAUCUGCUCUGGACUUCUUUCUCCAGAAUCCUCAAGGACUGCUCAGUAUGCUGGACGAGGAGAGUCAAAAUCUCCGCCCGACGGAGCAGAACCUGUACAAGAGGCUUUCCGCCCAACUGGAGUCCAACCCCACGCACGGCCUCUCCUUCACCACCAAGGACGGCAACGGAAACCCCCCACCCAAGGAUCAAGGCCCCACCUUUACGGUCCGCCACCAUACCGGUCAGAUUACGUAUGACCUCACAGGAUCGCUCCUGAAAAACAAGGACUCCCUUCCUCAGAACAUCUUGUUUACGAUGAAGUCUAGCGAGAGCGUUUUGCUGCGCCAACUCUUCCUCCUCAAGUUGAAUCAGACCGGUUCUCUGGUCCCGGCAGCUCAGGGUCGGGUCGGGCACAGGGGGUCCGAAGCCGCCGAGCCGCUCGACAGGACCCGACCGGCCGACGCGCCCCCCCGACCGCACCGGGGCUACCACGACCUCACCAAGAUCUUGAAGAAGAAAGGCUCCGGCUCCUUCGUCCAACGGCUCGAGCGCUGCGGGCCCACCACGGUGGCGGUCCAGCUGAGGAACUCGCUGUCGGAGGUGAUCAGCAAGCUGCGGGCUUCCACGGCCCACUUUGUGGAGUGCAUCCGCCCCGACGGCGGCGGCCGGCCCGACGCCUUCGACGGCUCCCGCGUGUCCGCCCAGCUGCGACAUUUCGGCGCGCUCGACAUGGUGCGCACCAUCCGCUACGGCUACCCGGUGCGCCUGUCCUUUCCCGGCUUUCUCAGCAGAUACAAAGACCUCGCCGUGCCGACGCUGGGCGGCGGGACCAAAUUGUCGGCGGAGGAGAAGUGCCGCCGUGUGCUGCGGCAGACCAGACUGCAGGGAUGGCAGGUGGGCAGCAGCAAAGUGUUUCUCAAGUACUGGCAGGCGGAGCAGCUCAGCGACCGCUGCUACCAAUUGCAUAAAAAGAUCAUCACCUGCCAGAAAGUGGUGCGCGGCUGGCUGGUCCGGCGGCGCGUCCGUCGCCGGCUGCCGCCGCGGCUCAAGGACGACGGCGGCGUGCAACGCUUUCUGCAGGGCGCGGAGGACAUGGGGCUGCGCGCCUACGACCGCCUGGUCAUCCAGAACGCGUCGGACAUCGCGCGCGAGAGCGACCGUCUGCGCUGCCACGGCAACGGCGUCCUCGGCGGCAGCCCGCCGCUCGGGGAGAGGCCCGAACCGGUCGGCAAGGAGGAGGAGCAGUCGGUUAAAAAGGUGAUGGAAAAAGUCGGCGCUGUGAACGGGGCAGGUCGAGUCAUCCGCCACUUUCGAUCCAGCUCGGUGCCGGUGCCCCUGGCCGCGGAGAACGCGUCCCACUCGGCCGUCAAGCCGGCGCCGCAGCAAGCCGCUCACAGCGGCGUGGACAACGGCGGCGGGUGUGCCGCCUCCUCGCCUCGUAAGCAACCUCCCCCCAAGCCGAAGAGGGACCCCAACACCCGUCUAAGCGCGUCGUACGAGGUGGUGAGUGGCGGCUUGGCGAUGGCGGUCAAAGAGAGCCCCACUCCAGAAGGCUCUGCUUCGCCAGCUGGGAGUCCCCCCAAAUCCCAGCUGUCCCCGGCAGACCCUGCAGGGUCAAAGCCCCGUCCCCACAGCGAUGACUACACAACCAUGAGGAAGGUCCCCCCGCCCAAGCCCAAGCGCAGUCCGAACACCAAGCUGACGGGCUCCUACGAGGAAAUCAACGCCGUAGCCCCCCUCCUCCACCAGCUGCGCCCCGCUGACGUCAAGACGGCCUUGCUGUCACGAGCUGGCGGUUUAAUGCAGAAAGCAGCCUCGCUGGACGCUCCGCCGGGCUUAGCGCUGAGUCUCUAUCAGGGCCAGGAUGAAGAAGACAUCUACAUUGAGAUGCUGGGGUCUCAGUCUCGCGCUCGGAGCCUCCAGGAACCGCCCGACAGCCCCGAGGAGGGGGAGUCAGAGGCCGUCUAUGAGGAGAUGUCCUUCUUCCCUCCUGAUGACGCCACACUUCCACCCGCCGCCACGACCAAACCAACCAAGCUGGAGGCCCUCAGCCUGGGCCUGGUGACAUCCAGCAUGUGUCGCCCUCAGACUGAAGAGAGUAAGCGGGUGACAUCCGGGGUGACGGCAGCUUUGGACGUCGCUCAACCGCAUAAGUCGCCGAUCGGUGGCAGUACCAGGGGUCAACAUGGAAAAGAUGGCAGCUGCGACAUUCCGGCCCCCUUUCCCAACCUGCUUCCUCACCGACCACCUCUCCUGGUGUUCCCGCCGUCCCCUGUCACCUGCUCGCCCGCUUCGGAUGAAUCCCCCCUCACUCCUUUAGAGGUCAAGAAGCUGCCGGUUUUUGAGAGCAACCUCAACUACUCAACUGGUCCAGACAGCCCGCUCUCUCCUCAGUAUGUGCGCCAGAGGGCCGACUCCUCCCCGAGCCUCACCGUCCUCAUGCCGGAGAAGAAGGGUACCCCUCCUCUAACCCCACCGCUUCCCCUUUCAACCACGAGUGUCCCACCUCCUCCAUACAGACCACCCUCCCACUUCCCCUUCCCACCUGAGGCCAGCUUCCUCGCGCUGACGCGAACUGCUUCUGUCACUGGGACGCAGUCGGACUCCUCCAAGUCUCUGACGUCGCAAAGACCGAGUGUGGAGCCACUGGGGAAGCCGCCCCCGUACUCCCCGGGGAAGAUGUCCCGCCCGGAACCUCGAAGAGCUCACUCAUGUUCCUCCUCGCCCCUGUUGUUCAACCCGGCCAAUGGAAGACCCCUCACUAGUCCCUUGGACGAGCUCAACACCCUAUUCAGCACCGGACGCAGUCUACUGAGGAAGUCCUCAACGGGACGCAAGAUGCGAGAUGGAGGUUUCAACUCCAAUAUCAAUUUAUCUGGCCGCGACGAGUGCGGCUCGGCCCCGCCGUCGCCUUCGCUGCAGCUGCAGGACAAGAAUGCCAACAAUCCUUCUCUUCACUCGUCAAGCCACGCCCCCAUCGAGAACGGCAACCAGAUCUCCAACGGUUCACUGGAGGACCAGAGUCACGUCAAAUCCAACAUGUCCACAUCUUCUCUGCACAGGCACAUGGAUAGCCACCAUACGCAGGCGUUCCAGAGACUACGUUUUUCCAACGGGGAUGCAGGCACCACGCUCCGGGAGCUCCUGCGAUGGCGACAGGCUCAGUGCGAGGGGCGGGGAGGCUGGAAACACCGUCCGCCGCCUCAGUCGCCUCCCCUGCCGCCCACGCUGCUCUGGUCUGGGAGGAAGACUUCGCCUUGACCCGUGAUUCGAGGACACCUGAUCGAGGCGAGCAAAAGGCACGCGCCCCCUCCCAACCCUGCCAUUUACGAAGCACUUUGUAACUCUAAAAAAAAAAAUGCGUGGAAAGGAGACGGCGUCAAGAUACCCAGGGACGACAUGUACAGUCAUAUUUAUUUUAAGAAGGCGCCGUGGCAGGUGUUUGAGGACAAAGUCCAAGGUUGGGUUUCCGCCAGCUCCAUCCUUAAACGUGGUGCUGCUGAUCAUACUCAGUGAGCUUUCCAGCGACUUUUCAAGUUUACAAGUCAACCGACGCCUUUCGUCACACCCGAGGUCUGAAAACCUCUUUCUCGGGAGUCCCGCAAAACGACGACGCCAACAGGCCGAUCUCGGUAAAAUCCCAGAGUGCGUUUCUCUUCGCCGCCAGCCUUUGAGGAAAACCUCUGGACGAACGCAUUCUACUGCACUUAGCUUUGCAGCGAGAGGGAGAUCUGACAAAAACGCAAUCUGUCAUGACUUUCGCUCUCAGUGCCAAAACGUCACGACUACGACAGUCCUCGAACACCCCCGCCUCCCAUCCCCCAUCUCAGUGUUGAUUUCAUCGACUGUUUCUUGAAAUAUGUCAAAAGUGAGGUCGGAAAAGACGCAAAUGACCUGCGCGUUUGUACAAAAUCUCCACCCGUUCCCCUCCGUAGCGCUUGACCCCAGCUGACAGACGCGAUUCCACCCACCCUGUCGCCCUUUGGUGUUUGACCCCUUCCCCGACUCCCUAAUGGCUCCGAGGACCUGCACGCUCGUUUCCACAGAAACUGCUGUGCAAAUCGGGACCGGUGGCCAAGCACAGUGAUGAACCGAGAUGCUGAGUGAGAUGAAAGAAUGUCACGGGUUCGAUGCAAUGACUGAGAGGUUUGUUUUCAUAAUGUGAAUACCUUGUUUGUAAGAAUGUCAACGGCUACAAAAAAUUGUGUAUAUUCUAUUUAAUAAUGUUUCGUCCCUCCCUUGUGCUGGACUGCUAUUUUGUUCCGAUAACGGGCAUAUUCGCAUUGCUUAAUUGCACUCUGUUUACCGCCAUGGGCUCAAACAUUGGCCUGAUCUUUGAAGACGGGUCGUAAUCAUGAGAUCCGCGAUAUUAUCAAUGGCUCCGAUUGAGUUCUCAUUCCUGCUGAUCACCCUCAAUGUGUUUGAUUGAUUGAUCAGGCUACAACGUUACCUAAGCGACAUCUUGGGCUGACUGGAGGACUGUUUGUUCCUGGAAACUUGCCUUUACUAGUAUGUAGUGUGAUCUAAGGUUCACCUUCAGGAUGUCCUCCGCGAACGAGGUAGCGACCGGUGGUAAAAUACAGAGCGAUACCAAAUACUGUAUUUUACAUCCCUGGCUGUUUUGAGGUAAAUCUUUUAACCCGUUUCAGAUCAAUAAAACAACGUUUCUUCCCAUGAAAUAUAAUGUAGAGUUCAGGUCUUGUGCCGUGCUUGCCCCGUUUUACAAGAAUGGGAUUCAUCCGCCUUUUUCUGGGCUCCAGUAUUGAUUGGGUGCCCCUGUCGCGAAAAUUGCCCCUUCAGAGGUAGUAUCAGACCCAAAUUUUGAGUGCCGGACUUUCUGCGCAGGCAAAGGCCGUUUAAUGCCGGGUUCACUAUAACUGCUCCGAUACAACCACUUUCUGGGAUCUGUGUAUAAAGAACUCCACUUUCGGACGGAUAAGAUGGCAGCUAUUUGAGUGUGAAACUGAAGCGUGGCUGCAUUUGAAGGCCAAUGACGUCAUAACACUCCGCAAUUCAAAUCCGAUCCAAGAACGUGGUCUUGUAUUUGCAGCAUAAAUUACGCCGAUUCUUCAGAUUUUUGGGGGAUUGUAUUUGUUUGAACGUGUAAUGUGAAAUAUGCUGGGACAAUAAAGAUUCUCUUAAAAUAUUGUCAUGCCACGUAUCGUAACAUGAGAGUAAGUGUGAGAAGGUGACGCUACACGGAAGUGUCGCCUUCGUUGACCGGUCCUCCCUUGGACACAGACCU